AUGCCUCAAUCAAAGACAAUUUCGUCUGCUAUUGCAAUUCACGGAACUGAAGACUUUUCUGACUUGGUGUGUAUAAAGAGUGUCCCUGAAUUGAAGACUCCAGAUUUGAGUGGUGCUACUAAGCUUUUUGAAGGGAAGGAAUGUAAAGAUGUUACUAGCUGGACAACAAUGAUGGAUUUGAGUGGUGCUACUAAGCUUUUUGAAGGGAAGGAAUGUAAAGAUGUUACUAGCUGGACAACAAUGAUGGGAUGUAAGCAGAGCAGUGGCAGUCCGAGGGAGGCUUCGAAUCUUUUGACUAAGGAAAGACGAGAAGAAAAUUAUUCCCUUGAUGCUGUUAUCUUGGUCAGUGCUAUAACAGCUUCUGAUGAGCUUGCUGCUCUAGAAUUUUGCAGCAGCAACAUUAAGGUAUUUGAGCUAAACUCAAGGGGAUUGGAACUGGAACAAGUUGUGCUCCUCUCCAAUCUUUAUGCAUCUGCUGAGAGGUUUCAAUGCGGAAUUGCUGAGGAUUUGAGAUUGAGCAUGCAGAGUAACGGGUCUAUUCAGAAUCCAGUAAGAAGAGUUGAAACUGGUUCUUCAAGAGUCAAGCCUGAAGAUCUGCCCAAGAGAACAUGGGCAGAGCAAUAA